CCUCGAUCAAUAUUCCAAAGCCUCUUUUGGUUUUUCCAGUUGUUUAAGCCAUUGUUAAGUCUGCCUUGCCAUCAACGGUUCCCUCAGCGACAACGGACGCGAUAUUUUGGUUUUCUUAACACUCGUUAUCCAUUAAGUUAUACCAUAUUUAACUCUUUUAUUUCUACCUAUUCUGGCGUCCUCGUCGCCAUCUUGCGGUCUAACAAAAUAACAAUAAUAUUAGACGCCACCAAGAAGUCCUCUUGAUACGAUUUCCCCGGAUUACUCCAGAUCUAUCAAAAAGGACUCGAUUAUAGAGCUUGCCUAGGCACUAAAGGGACACGUCCAAUAGCAGAGGCCACAGAAUUACACGCUCGAAGGCGUACCUUUCCAAAUUGAUAAAAAGGCGAGCCGAUUUGCCGAGAUACGUCUACCAAACCCCAUAAACGGCCCCCAAUCGUUUCUACAAGGCAGCCGUAGAGCCUGCCUACCGCGAGUACCCAUAUUUUAAGAAGGCUGAAGCCUAUAUCGAGAGAGCCUCUUCAAGAUGGGCGACGAAUUGAAUAUGAGAAAAAUCAAGGCUAAGGCCCAUCGUAUGAGUCGGCGCGAUUCCGGCGGCAGUGCUCGCUUCAAUCCGUUUAGACACAUAGCCUAUGGAGCGCCGAAGCGAUCAAGUACGAUAGAUGCAGCUGAGCGAGGAAUAUUAACCGGCGAUAGCGAUAUAGCGCACCUAGGUCCAUCUACAAGCGCGCCAGGUCGUCUUCUGACGCCCGUCAACCAGUCGGCACGGAAUAGUAAGGAGCUAGAAGGUAGCCACGCGGUCGACCACGCGGAUCAGGGCGAGACAUUUGUAUCACAGGCGACAACUGUUGGAAAUGAUCCUGAUAGUAGUAGUGUGCGACAUCGCGGUGCCCAGGAAAAUACCCCAACCAAGCCCGGAGAUUUUGAAGAGGAUGAGAAGCCCAAAAAGACAAACACCGGCGGUUUCUUCAAGCAUGUCGAACCUGCCGAGCCAUUCACCGUUCGGAAUCAAAUCCAGCGCGUAUUUUUCGGUUCCCCGAUCAACAUACUCAUAUUCGCCGCGCCUGCGGGUAUUGCUCUACACUUUCUCAACUUUGACGGUAGAGUUGUAUUCGGUGUCAACUUCGUCGCUAUCGUGCCUCUCGCCGCGAUGUUAAGCAAUGCUACUGAGGAGAUUGCGAUGCGAACUGGAGAAGUUCUUGGAGGACUAAUAAACGCGUCUUUUGGUAAUGCUGUUGAGCUGAUUGUGGCCAUCAUCGCUCUCACAAAGAAUCAGAUCAAGGUUGUACAGACGUCUCUAGUCGGCAGUAUUUUGUCCAACCUACUUCUCGUCCUAGGCUUCUGCUUCUUCUGCGGUGGCAUUAACCGUCGAGAGCAAUACUUCAACACCACCGUAGCCCAGACUGCUGCCAGUUUACUGGCUCUGGCCGUGGGAAGUCUUAUCGUACCCACCGUCUUCGCACAUACCGACGAUUUAAAUGAGGGUUCUAUCCAGCUAAGCCCCAAUGCUGUCCCGAACAUAUCUCACGGCGUUGCCCUUAUCCUACUAAUCGUAUAUGCCUCGUAUCUUUUCUUCCAGAUGAAAACUCACGUAACGUUGUUUAACGAGCAAAGCCAGAAGGUUGCAAGCAAGCCGAUCUUUAAGAAGGGUCUUCCGGAGGGUGCUGUUGCUUCCGGGAUUGCGAGAGCAGGUGCUGGAGCUACCCACGCCGGUGUUCACGACGAGGAGGGCAAACUCAGCGAGAUAAUGUUGAACCCUCUUGGGCACGUGGAUGAUGAUGAUGAGGAAGAAGGACCUCAGCUUAGCUUUGCCGUCGCCUUUGCUACCCUCAUCGGUGCUACCGUCAUCAUUGCACUCUGCGCGGAGGGUAUGGUUGGUGGUAUCGAGGCCAUUACUUCUACGGGUGCCGUCAGCGAGGAAUUCGUCGGUCUUAUUCUCCUCCCGAUCGUCGGCAAUGCCUGCGAGCACGCAACUGCCGUUACUGUCGCCAUUAAGGACAAGAUGGAUCUCGCUAUUGGUGUCGCUAUUGGAUCGUCUAUGCAGGUCGCCCUUCUUCUCAUCCCACUCCUUAUUAUUAUCGGUUGGGGUAUGGGUAACCAGGAGAUGACCCUAGCUUUCGAUACGUUCCAGGUUAUUGUUCUUUUCGUUUCCGUCCUCCUAGUCAACUAUUUAAUCGGUGAUGGGAAGAGCCAUUGGCUUGAGGGUCUCAUUUUGGUAUGUCUGUAUGCGAUCAUCGCUACAUGCGCAUGGUUUUACCCUACAAUUCCCGGAAAUGCAUAAGGAUAAUUUGCAGUUCGGAUCAUAGCAAUCGUUACAUAAUAUAAUUCCCCAUUGCAACAGUCUCGACGUUACUUUAAUUCUCUUUGUAUUAUUUAAUUCUUUUCGGCUGUCCAUAUUUCAGGUCAACGAAUCUACUCUGGAGAGCCCGAAAGACCUUAAUCCACAGACGUUUUUUACUCUAGAGAUCUAGAAAACUGAGUCACCUCCGUCGUUGUACUAACACGAUUCGUCUAUACCACCACCUAAGCUAGUUCUGUUUUAGAAUCGGAUUUUGAUAUUUGGCGUUAUGGUCUAAGGGGAACAGGCUCAAUGGGUGGCGUGAAGCUGCAACUGAUAGUUCAUCUUGAAUUUGAGGUUACGUUAUCCUCUUAAGGCAAAAUGGGUCGAUCAGUUUAGCCUCUAUUGGCAGCACUUUAGUCUUUGUGUCAUUGUGUCAUAUUUCCUUUCUUGGGGGGGUAUACCUUGAGAUGGACAAUAGCAGUGGAGUUACAUCUAAGUUCGAUAAGGACGGGAAAUGAUUUUCAUGACUAAAUACCUCAGUAAAGUCGAGUGUUGUACAUAUGAGUGGUUAGAGUUGCAGUACCGAAGUAAUCGAGAUGGAGAAACCCGGAAUCAUCUAAGAACCUAUACCAGCCUUUCAUAUUCAGUCUUGGGCUUGUUUAGUUGAGUUGUCUUGAUAGUAAACCAACCACUAAGUAC